GUCAUCUCCACUCCUUGUGCCCCAGGAGCUGGUGGCCCCUGGACCUUUCAGCUGCCCGGAUGGGUGGUUGUGCCGCCGGGGAUGUGUUGAGCCAUGGGAAGGGUGACCCUGCCUGGCCAUGCGGGGCAGCGGGAGCAGCUGGAGGGCUGCCACCGGCCGGGGCGCCGGCGCCGGGCUGCUCCUGCGUGCCUUGGCAGGCGUCCCACUGCGGGCGGCAGAGAACAGCCCCAUGGCCACAGGGGCGACCGAGAAGGGUGUGAAGCAUGCUCCUUCCCUCAUCCAGGCGGCCGACGGCCCCGCUGCCUGCUACAGGGAGCUGAGCCGGUUCCCUGCCGUCACCCGUGCCGCCCUCAGGGCCGCGGCUGGCGGGCAGACUUUCCUGCUCUACACCGAGUGCAGCCGCCCCGACCUGGCCCGCCGGCGGCUCCUGCGCUUCGGCCGCCACUACAGCCUGCGGCGCACAGCCGGCCGCGAGGGCCUCGCCGUCAGCCGGACCGCGCUCAGCGCCGAGAUCCACAACCAGCUCCUCAGCCAGGACUCGCCCACGGGGCAGCGCCGCGCCGUGCUCAAACGCUGCCCGCGGCAGGGCCACGAGCUGCUGGAGGUGUGGGACAGCGGGGGAUGCAGCCACAGCGUGGAUCUCACGGCACUGGGGAAGCACGGGGAGGUCUACACGGAGGGGCCCUUUGCCUGCCUGGCCUGGUCGCACUCAGAGACACGGCUCCUCUAUGUGGCUGAGAAGAGCCAGCCCAAACGACAGCCCCCCUGCCCCUGGGAUGUGCCAGGAGCAGCCUGGCCUGCAGCAGAGGAUGAGCAUGAGGAGGGCAAGCAGUUUGUGUACCAUGAGGACUGGGGGGAAACCCUGAGCACACGCAGCGAGCCUGUCCUCUGCAUCCUGGACCUGGAGGGCCUCAGCCUGUCAGUGCUGGAGGGAGUCCCGGAGCACCUCUCCCCCGGCCAGGCCCUGUGGUCCCCGAAUGACCAUGGUGUGGUGUUCGUGGGCUGGUGGCACAAGCCCUUCCGCCUGGGGCUGAAUGCCUGCUCCAACAGGAGGUCAGGGAUUUUCCACUUGGACCUGGCCAGCGGGUGCUGCGAGCUGCUGUCAGCAGAGAAUGGUUCUGCCUGCUCCCCCCAGCUGAGCCCUGAUGGCCAGCGCCUGCUCUACCUGGAGGGGGUUGUGGGGGGGCCCCACCGGCAGUGCUUGUGCCUACGCAUGGUCACCUGGCAGACAAGGCAGACAGUGACGGUGCUCGACGUGGUGCAGGAGCCCACGGAGGCCUUCGCCGGGCUCUAUGCAGAGGUGCUGCCACCGCGGUGCUGGGCAGCCGACAGCCGGCGAGCCGUGCUGGGCACCCCGCAGCGGAGCCGCACAGACCUGCUGCUUGUGGAUACGGAGGCGGCCACAGUCACCAACCUGACAGCAGGAUCACCUGAAGGGUGCUGGGAGCUGCUCACUCUCCAGUGGGACCUGCUGGUGGCCACCUGCUCAGCCCCCCACCACCCCCCCAGCCUGGUGGUGGCCGUGCUGCCGCCAGCAGGCCAGGAGUUGUCCCUUGACUGGGUGCCAGUGGAGGACACCCCAACAGUGCCUGGUGUCACCUGGAAGACUCUGACGGUCCAGCCACCCUGCAGUAGGCAGGGCCCCGCUGCACAGGACACCCAGGCUUUUGAGGCCCUGCUGCUGAGCCCCUCAGAUGGCACACCACCACACCCCCUCGUCGUGUGCCCCCAUGGUGGCCCCCAUGCUGUCUUUGAUGCCCGCUGGCGCCCGAGCAUGGCUGCGCUGUGCCGGCUGGGCUUCGCCGUGCUCCUGGUGAACUACCGUGGCUCCCUGGGCUUCGGCCAGGCCAGCAUCAGCUCCCUACUUUCCCAUGUGGGUGAGCAGGAUGUGGCAGACACCCAGCUGGCAGUGGAGCAGGUGCUGCACAGAGAGCCCCUGGACCCGCACCGCCUAGCCCUGCUGGCUGGCUCCCACGGAGCCUUCAUCGCCCUCCACCUCCUCACUCGCGAGCCUGAGCGUUACCAAGCCUGUGCCCUGCGCAGCCCCGUCUCCAACCUGCCCGCGCUGCUGGGCACCUCUGACAUCCCUGACUGGCGCUACACCUCCCUGGGGCUGCCCUACUCCUUCGAGCGAGUGCCACGUGCUGAGGAGGUGGCCACCAUGCUACUGCGCUCGCCCAUCUCCCAAGCAGCCCAGCUGCAGACGCCAGUGUUGCUGUGCGUGGGCGCUCGGGACCGGCGCGUCAGCCCCAUGCAGGCGCUGGAGCUGUACCGGGUGCUGCGGGCCAGGGGUGUGCCAGCACGGCUGCUGUGGUACCCGGAGGGUGGCCACGCACUGGCUGGUGUGGAGACGGAGGCCGAUGUCUUCACAAACUGUGCCCACUGGCUCCUCCAGCACCUGGGGCAGCCCAGACAGGAUGGGACGGGCCGGCACAGGCCCUAGUGCCCACAGUGGUCCUGGGCUAUGCCAGCCCCAGGGUGACUGCUGGCCCUGGGGACCACACCAGGACCAGAGGCAGAUGGAGCGAGUGUAGCCAGGGGCAGGUUGGAAUGCGGGUUGGGGUUUGGUGUUAAAUAAAUGUGAGACCUUUUGCAGUGCC